AUGACAUUGCGAGUCGGCCGUGCGUCCCGGAGGCUGGCCGCGCUUCUGGAGGACAUCAUUGCUGAGCAAACGCCCAUUUUGCUGCUGGGACCACCUGGUGUCGGCAAAACCACCCUCCUGCGCGCCAUGUCCGACAGCAUCUCCCAGGAUUACGUGACCGUGAUCGUGGACCCCACCGGUGAAAUUGCCGGCUCCGGAGAUUCAUGUCAUCCUGCAGUGGGCCGAUCGAGGAAGGAAGCAGCCUACUCGGACCAGGACACCGACCGAAGUGCAGCGCGUCGUUUGGCGAUGGGCCGCGCCGUGGAGAACAUGGGCUGCCAGGUCCUGGUGGUCGAUGAGAUUGGCACCGAAAUGGAAGCCCUGGCGGCCCGGACUCUGGGCGAGCGUGGCGUGCAGUUGCUGGCGACGGCGCACGGAAAGACCAUCCGCAACCUCCUGAGCAACAAUGAGCUCAGGGACUUGCUCGGUGGCUUCCGCACGGUCGUAAUCGGAGAUCUCAAUCCUCGAUAUAUUGAUCAGGGCAAGAAGAACAUCACAGAGAGGGUGGCUGCUCCGGUGUUCAAGACUCCUGGCGUAGAUCCGUUCCUCAACACACCUGGUGAUCCACCAUGA